ACUCUUCCAAAUACUGUUGAAUUGGUUUCAAUCUAGAAGCAAACUAUGGUACCGAUCUUACUCUCUGCUAUUUCAUCAGCUUACUCUGCUCCUUGGUAUGUCCUGACAGCUGCUGCUCAAUCUGUAUGUCUGGACACGCUCCGUAAACUUCAGAUCGGACAGAUCACCCUCAAUUUGUUGAACGGGGAUGUUCUUAUAUUUGGAAAAAAAGAAUCGGAUUUGGCUGCAAUAAUAACUAUCAGAAAUAAUGGGUUUUGGAUCCGACUGCUUUUUCAAAGUGCCAUGGGUCUUGGCGAAGGAUAUAUGCUUGGUGAUGUCGAUGUUGACAAAAUUGAUAUUCUACUCAAGAUCUUGGUUGCGAAUCGUGAUAUUAUAGAUGAUGGUGAUAGUCUGUUGUCGGCAGGCAUCAGCAGUACAAUCAAUCGUUUUCUUGCUCCGCAUAUCCCCAACUCCAUUUACAACUCUGCCAACAACAUCAGUUCGCAUUAUGAUUUAGGAAACGACAUGUUUGCUUCGUUUCUUGAUCCCACCAUGACAUAUUCUUGUCCAAUCUGGGAUUAUUCUCCCGGCAGUAAGUUGGCGAAUGGGAAAGCAAGUACUGACAAACCCGAUACGCUGGAACGAGCACAACUUAGAAAAAUCCAUCGUUUGCUGGAAAUGGCCUGUAUCAACGACAAUGAUCACAUUCUUGAAAUUGGUACCGGUUGGGGCACUCUUGCAAUUGAAGCUGUCAAGCGCUUCAAGUGUCGUGUCACUACCAUUACGCUGUCUUCUGAGCAGCAAAUUCUUGCACAAGAGCGGAUUCAAGCUGCUGGGCUAGCAGCGUAUAUCACCGUACUAUUGACAGAUUACCGCAACCUGGAUUCAUCAAACCAAAAAUUUGAUCGAAUCAUUUCAGUUGAAAUGGUUGAAGCUGUUGGACCAGAAUUCUUGGCCACAUAUUUUGAAACAUGCGACAAGUUAUUGAAGCCGCGUGGGGUCUUGGUGAUUCAGGCUAUUACCAUGCCAGAAAUACGGUAUCAAGCUUAUGCUAAAUCUAUGGAUUUUAUUCGUAAGCAUAUUUUCCCUGGUGGUCACUGUCCGUCAUUGACUGUGCUUACAGAAGCCAUGAACCAAGGUACACAAGGUCGUCUUAUGAUCGACAUAGUAGAUAACAUUGGCCCUCACUAUGCCAAAGCGCUCCGAUUGUGGCGUGAGCAAUUUGUUGCAAAUUUUAACAAGAUUGUGACAAAAAACGACAAGACUGAAAUGGUUUACGAUCAAGCAUUUCUACGCAAAUGGGAGUACUAUUUUGCCUAUUGCGAGGCAGGAUUUGCUUCAAGAACUCUUGGAACAUUGCAGAUUCGGUUCACCCGACCUCAGAAUGUUGAUUUAAUUUGUGGUAUUCCGCUAUGACUCGAUAUAAAUUGCGUUUAAAUUACGGUCUGGUCAGAUUCUAUCAAUACCAUUCUGUUAUUGCUUUUGCGACUAUCUGCAUGUCUGUUUCAAGACUUUGAUGAUGCUAGACAGUUCACAUUCAAUGAUAUAUAUCUAACCAUCACCAAUAAAUGAAACCUCGGCAACUGCAA